AUGGGCAUGGCGCCCCUUAACGUUGUUGACCCCGUAGUGGGUUCUGCUACAGCGGCUGUUGUUUUCACGACGCUGUCGCAGUAUGUUCCUUCGAGACGGUUAGAGCUGUGCUCUGAGAUUGUCUGUUGGGCUGUUCUCCCUUUUCUUUGCAGAUAUACUGCUUUACCGAGUACCCGAGCGUCUUCACCGUUAUUGAAUGACCCGCAAAAACGGCAUUCUUCGUUGUCACAAUGGCUCGUUGCCUUAGGUAUCGUGGCGGCGGCUUUUUAUAGAGCUGAGAGUAACACUAUUAGCUUCUAUAUGAAGCCUUUCUUAACACCUCUCCUCCUCACAAUGCGGACAUACUUUCAGUCGAGCAUGUCAUCUGAUUCAGCGUCUACCUCACCUCUCAUUCGUACCAUCAAGGGCACAACACUAGUAGCUGUCCUUUCGGUAUUUUCACUUUCAAAUGGGGAUCUCUUCGGCUCCCUAAUAUCCAUCAUAUUAGUGGCUUCUCUCUUUGUUGUCUACAGUAUCCUCAUCCCGGACUUCAAAGUGAGAAUAUUGUCACUUUCAUCAGUGGACAUCGAGACAAACAUCAAGGCUAUCGCAGGCCGGACUAUUAUCCUCCUUCUCGCCUCUCUAGCUUUCCAAAAUCUGGUUCUUGGACCUCCAAACGGCGAUCUCAUCCUUGUAUUCUUCACAGGAUUAGUCAAAGCCUUGUCUUGGUUCUUUACCAUCCAAACCGCACGACAAGCUUCCUGGUGCAUAGCAACCACGAUAGGAACAUUUGCUCUCGCAUGCACCAGAAAUCCCUUCUCACAAACCUCUCAACUCCAAGCUCUAUCUCACGCUACAAUUUCAACACUAACCCUCUAUCAAACAACUCAACUACUUCCUAAACAAUCCAAAGGCAAACUCUUUCUCUGGUCCUGCUUAUCAGCAUCUGUUCUUCCCUAUCUCUUCAACGAAUACAUGAUCCACGAUGCCUCAUCUUCAGCAUCCGCCUCAUUCACCUCUCAAUCUCACCCCAUCGAACUUCUAGCCCAAGAGGUAAAAUCAGUCUUUGAAAGCAAGUUAAGAAACCAAUCUCGAACAUAUUUCGCAGCUGUGAGACAAUACAAACAACAGUAUGGUCUUGAUCCGCCACCAGGCUUCGAAGUAUGGUUUCAAUUCGCACGAAAGCAUGAAUCAUCCAUCAUCGAUGACUUCGACAUGAUUCACACCGCUAUAUCGCCAUUUCUGAAAAUGAGUGGGAAAGAGGUUUCUGAGAUGAUUGGGAAGGUUUAUAAAACGCCACAAAGCGAGGUUUGGCUUUGUGAGUUUUCGGGAAAGACUGCUAAGACAAAAUGUCGUCAUCCGAGUCGAUCUUAUGAUAGACAUUACAGCUUUCUGUUUGACAAGUUAUUGUGGAAUCUUCCGGGGGUUCUGCCGGAUGUCAAGUUUCUCAUAAAUCAUUUUGACGAGCCGAGAGUUGUGAUACCGAAAACGGAUCAUGUGGACAAGGCCGUCAGGCUGAAGGAUAUGUCGAUGAAGCCCACUUGGGACGCUUUAACGAGGUCUUGCCCGUCACACAAGACCUAUCGGGACGAUCAAUUUAGCCUCGAGACGUUCGGGCUGCCCUUUGUCAAAGACCACUUCUCUGAGUCAGAUUUGUGCAAACAUCCCGAGUACAAAGAAAUGCACGGCGCUUUCAUAAGUCCCAAGACAUUCCGCCUCAUUCAAGGCAUGGCCCCAGUCUUGUCAACGGGUGCAUUCUCAACAAUGGGCGAUAUUCUCUUUCCAAGUCCAGCAUAUGUCGAAGAAGAGUUUCAAUACGAUAAGACCCAUGAUAUUCCAUGGUCGGAGAAGACGAACAACCUUUAUUGGACUGGCUCGACAACUGGAGGGUACGCUCUCGAUGAUCAGUGGAGGAACCACCAACGGCAGAGGUUUGUGACCGUGGCCCAGAACCUUGGAUAUCAACAACACACAUAUCUGAGGGAAAAAGAUGGUGUGAUCAGCACCGUCAAGUCAUGGUUCUUAAACGGACGGUUAUACGACGUUGGCUUCACAAGAAUCUUCCAAUGCGAUCGUAAAUUCUGCCGCGAUCAAAGCACAUUCUUCAACGUCAAAUCAUGGGCCGACAAAGACGCAGCCUUCCAAUCAAAACUCGCAUUCGAUCUCGACGGCAACGGGAUAAGCGGUCGCUACUACAAACUAUUAUCUUCAAACACACUUCCUCUAAAACAAGCUCUUCUUCGGGAAUGGCAUGAUGAGCGGUUGGUGCCGUGGGUGCAUUACAUACCCGUUAGUCAAAGCUUGGAGGAACUUCCAGAGCUGGUUAACUACUUGACGUUGACUGAGGCUGGGCAGAAGUUGGCGGAGGAGGUUGCGAGACAGGGGAGUGAGUGGAUGACCAAGGCUGUGAGAGAGGUUGAUAUGACGAUUUAUACUUGGAGAUUGUUGUUAGAACUUGCUAGGCUGCAGGAUCCGACGAGGAAAGCGACUGGAGGCUGA